AUAGAUCGGAGACCUGCACUCCGCGCCGCCUCCCCUCCCAUUCCCCCUCGUCAAAUCCACGCGACCGUGAGAGCGGAGAGGAGGGCACCGCCACCACCGAGAGGCCCCAAACGAGCAAACCCUUCGAAUCUCGGGGGCAAUGGCGCUCUCCGACCGCUCCCGCGAGUCGCUCCUCCCGAGCUUCCUCUACUCCCCGGGGGUGGCGAGGUCCUUCGCCGGCGUCUCCCGCUUCCCCGCCUCGCCCGCCGCGGCGGCACCGGCCCCGGGAGUAGGAGGCACGCCUGCGCCGUUCACGAUCCAGGCGCCGAAGGAGAAGAUCGAGAUGUACUCGCCGGCGUUCUACGCCGCCUGCACGGCCGGAGGCAUCGCCAGCUGCGGGCUCACCCACAUGACCGUCACGCCGCUCGACCUCGUCAAGUGCAACAUGCAGAUCGAUCCAGCAAAAUACAAGAGCAUCACAUCUGGGUUUGGAAUACUGGCCAAGGAACAAGGAGUGAGGGGUUUCUUCAGGGGAUGGGUGCCCACCCUGCUUGGUUACAGUGCUCAGGGAGCUUGCAAGUUUGGAUUCUAUGAAUUCUUUAAGAAGUACUACUCAGAUAUUGCAGGGCCUGAGUAUGCUCAGAAAUACAAGACCCUGAUAUACCUUGCUGGGUCGGCUUCUGCUGAGGUAAUUGCUGAUGUGGCUCUCUGCCCCUUUGAAGCCGUGAAGGUCCGCGUGCAGACACAGCCUGGAUUUGCUCGUGGGCUCAGCGAUGGGCUCCCUAAGUUCAUUAAAUCUGAGGGUGCCUUGGGGCUUUACAAGGGAAUUGUCCCUCUCUGGGGUCGUCAGAUUCCUUAUACGAUGAUGAAAUUUGCUUCAUUUGAGACCAUCGUUGAACUUAUCUACAAGCAUGCUGUUCCUGUUCCAAAGUCAGAGUGUAGCAAACCUUUCCAAUUGGGUAUCAGCUUUGCUGGUGGUUAUGUUGCUGGUGUCUUCUGUGCUAUUGUUUCUCACCCGGCAGAUAACUUGGUCUCUUUCCUGAACAAUGCCAAGGGUGCUACAGUGGGUGAUGCUGUUAAGAAGCUUGGCCUCUGGGGCCUUUUCACUCGUGGUUUGCCCCUUCGCAUUGUCAUGAUCGGUACUCUUACUGGAGCUCAGUGGGGAAUUUAUGAUGCAUUUAAAGUCAUGGUUGGAUUGCCAACUACUGGUGGUGUUACGCCAGCACCAGCCCCUGCUGCAGAGGAUGCGUUGAAGGCUAGUGCCUGAUUUUUGUAUCAAGACAACUAGAAUAUGCAUUGAUCAUUCGUUGCUGAUGACAAUUAUAUCAGUUACAUGAGUUUGAGCUUCCGUAUGUUUUAAUUUUUUUGAGAGGAUGGCUGCCAUCUUUUGAACGAGAGGAACUCGCUAAGUACGCGAUCGUAGUUUCUUUUUUUUUUUUUUUGCCAAGUGUAACCUUAGUGCUUGAUAUAUAGUAAGUUUUAGGUGCACAUCGCCGUUAGGAGCACAGGUUUUGCUAUGACCUGCGCCAAGGUAUAUUCAUGUUACACUACCCUUCAUAUCUCUGAAACUGUACCUCAAUUUAUUCUGUCAAUUUUGUGAUA